GGCUAUGAUUGGCCAGUGUAGUACUUAAUACGUAUUAAAAUAUAUCGGUGUAAACUAGGUCACAGACUUCUAUAUUUCAUAUAAGCAAAAUUUGAGGAGUCGACAAUCUAGUAAUAUAUAGAUAUCUCUAUGGUCAUGGACAACAAUGAAGAGUACUACAUUUGAGGAUUUUCAAAUAGAUGAGCGAUUCAAGAAACUGGAACGCUCUAUGAAACUGGCUGUGCUGAGAAAGGCACACAGUGACAACGGAAAGGUGUUGCCUAUUGCGAAAAGCCAGCCCAGCAUCUCCAGCACCAAUCUGGAUAGUUUAGAUUCUAGUUGCAGGAUUCCAUCAUUGCAAACUUCUAUGGUUCAGAGCGAGGUCUUGGCCUCCAGUAAUAAUCUAAGAAACUUACUCUUGAGAAAGAAGAAUUAUAAAACCAACCAAGAAAUAAUGGCCUCAUCUAGUAUUAAACAGCACAACAUCAAACAGGAUAAUCAUUUGAAUGAUAGAUAUGUUAUGCCACCUCCAAUGAGGAACACAGUUUAUUGUACUUCUAAAAAAACACAAGGCAACAUCUCUACAUUGUCAAAUUACGAAACAGCAGCAUCAAAUUUCCUUAAUAGGCCUGUUCAGUCUUCCACAAUGAAUACUUCAUCUUUAAACAGUGCUGCUAGUUAUGUAUCCACUAAUAGAAAUACUAACAAAGAAUACUUGCAUUCUCUUGCUGCACCAAUGACACCUACUAAUAAUCUUCAGAGAAUUGACAGAAUAUUUUCAAAAUGGAAAGUUAUGCUGAAUAACCAUUAUGAAUUAAUAAUUAAAGGAACAUUAGAAUGUGGAAGAGUUGCACAUAGCAAACCGGUCAUCAGAAGAUACUCUGCAACAUGUGUAGAGUCUAAAUAUAAAAAUAUAUAUAGCCUUCAAGGAAAUAUUGUUGAUGAAACAAAUGUAUUACCAGAUUAUAUUCGUGGAAAAUUUCAUAAUGGUUUUCCUGAUGAUUGGGAAAAUGUUUAUCAAAUAUGGAGAACAUAUGUUAGCCAAGGAUGUCGAGUGACAUUUCGUUGGCCUACUCGUAUUACUGAUAGCGAUGAUGAUUUAAAGAGUGAAUUAACAGAAUUGACUUGUAUACGCACGACAAAUAAUAAGACUAUUCCUAUGGAAAUUAAUGAAUCGAUUGAAUAUAUUAAGUCCGAUAGUCCAAGUGACAAAUCUUCAAAAAAUGAGAAAAAAUAUCAUAAUUGUUCCACUCAUAGUUUUCAAAGAUAUGAGGAAAACACUUCAUUUGUAAAACCUUUUACCUCCAACUUUGAAAAAGAUAUAAUUUCAAUUGCGCAAACAAGAAACAUAAUGUCAGUACAUAAUGAAGAUAACGAGCAAAAUAUUAAAUCGAAUGUAAAUCCAGUGGUUAGUUCCAAAGGAAUGAAUAAAUUAAAAGAUAUUAUCCACGAGGAUAAACUACAUAUAAUAAUCAACAAUUUGGCAGACAGAAAUUGUUCUCCAAAAUAUAUCGAUAAAAUUAUUGAGAUGUUUGAGUGCUUGGACUACAUAGUAUCUUACAAAGCGAAAUCGGAAUGUACUGAUGACUCUGCGGUUUUCGUAAAUUAUGGGAUGUCGUCCAAGCCCGAAACGAUUCCGCUGCAAUCAUCACUCUCGUGCAACAAUAGUUGUACGAAUACUAAUAAGUUUGGGAACGGUAUAAUGGAACAAUCGAAAAAUUAUAUGCAUCCCACUGACUUGAGAUAUGGAAAUAUAAAAGAUGAUUCUAAUUCUGCUCAAUUAUCGAACCCAAUGAAUAUUAAGCCGGAGCACUAUAAUAACAACGAUUCGGAUGAAUCAGAGAGCGAGACUUAUACGGGUGUACCCAAAAUAUCGAAGAUUGAACGAGUCUUACAUGCCAGAAAAGCAUCCAGAAAAAUAUACAAUCAUAAAGUAAGGAAGAAACGGGAAAAUCCACAAUAUAACACCAAAAGAAUCGAGAACGAAUCUGAAUGUGCUCACGCGGCGAUUUCAAUCGCUAACAAUAAUAAGAGUUCAUUUUCUGAAUCUGCUAUUAGUAUCACAAAAGAUGAAGUAAAAACAAUAAAUAUGAGAAAAUGUGAUGAAAUAAUAAAUAAUGCCCAAAGAUCACGAGAAGACACUUUUUGUAGUCAUCCGCGGAGGAAUAAUUUCGAUGUGUAUGGUGCAAACAAACCUGCAAUGCAAACUGAACAACCACCCGAUGCUUUUGAAGCACAGAGAGUUAACCUGAAUGUUCUUGCAAAGGAACAGAAAGUUUCGCACAAAAUUCAAGAAAAUGCAUAUUCGCAAUUUGUUGCAGAUACCAAUUACGCUACCAAUUCUAACAAUGAUGUUAAGAUUAUAAGCAUAAAUAUGCAGAAAAGAGACGGAAAUAUGAUAGCAUCACACUCUAAUCUGAAACAAGACAUUGUGAUUAGUAGCGAGAGUGACUUCCCUGAAAAGCCUCUUGUCUUGCGAGAAUCACGUAGAGAAUUUAUCGAACAACCAAAAAGCGAAACCGCGACGAAGAGAUCCAAACCUAGCAUAAUCAGUUCUAUACCAGUAAACUUGAAGUUAAAGAUAAAAAAAGCAGAUUCCAAGCCAGAACAGUUACAAGCUUCGGAUGUGAGUAUUAUAGAAAUCGAGGAGGGCAAACAAUACACCAAUAUUCAGCCAUUGGAACAAGUUCAAAAGAAGAAAUCCGUAUCGAAAAUGUCAACCGUUACAACAGAAGCAACCAUCGCAAAUGAUUCUUAUUCGACAACGGCAGCCAAUGAUAAAAAGAAAAUUUUCCCAACAACGAAUAAGGAUAUAAAUCCCACUAAUUUGACGAAUCCAACAAUUGAACAACGUAAAAGAAAUAAGCUUGAAAUUGAAAAUAAUCCCAAAGUGCUGUGCGCAUGGAUGCCGAAAGUAAUGUAUUAUGCGAAAUCGAAAUUUCAAUUAGGCUUGACCUUUGAAGGAAAUUUGCUCAAUGAAGCUGGUCAUGUUGUGCAUAGAAAAUUUACGACGGAUAUUGUGUUGAAACGACUAUCGGCUACACUGAUCGAAACAGUGAAUCACGAAUUCUAUAAGCUUUUCGGACACUUGAAGGAUAAUAAGCACGUUAUUCCUAAGAAACUUGCAAAACAAUGUCGUAACGGAUGUCCUGCAAAUAUCGAAAAAUUUUGUCUGGCUUGGAAAAGUUUGCAAAACUGUCAAAUACAAACAAUGAGUGAGAAACCUCAUGAUACAUCCAUGAACUCAUUGAAUACAUCUGUUAGUUUGAGAGGUCGUAGAAUCGUACCUCCCUUAUCUUAUUGGACAGGUGAACGCAUAACUUUAAAAGAUAACAAUUUAGUUUAUGACCCGGGCAAUUCACAGGAAUCAUCAUUAUAUUCACUAAUUGAUUCUUCAAAAUUGAGUAGUGAAAAAACGAAAAAACAGAAAGUAAAUUUCAAGAACACAUCAGAAGAGCAAAAACAGUUGUUCAAAUCGAAUGAGAUUCCUGGUACAAAUAAAAAUCAAACGAUCAUUAUUAAAAAAACUCCAUCUUCUAACAAGUCCCCUAUGACUAAAGCUGCGAAUAGCACAAAGAGAUCGGAAAAAUCGAAUAAAUCUCGGAAAUCCCGGAUUAAUGGUAAACGACAUAUAAAACAAAGUUUGACGUUCUCAUCGACCGACUCUAGUGAAGAAGAGCAAAACGUAUUUCCGUUAAAGCGUAUGCGCACUCGACCAAGCACAAAAAGAGAAGCGCCGUCGCAAUAUACGAUGACAUUGAGGAAACGGCGUAAGAUAGAGGCAUCCCCGAAUUCGACCAAACCCCAAAAUUCACCAACAAAGAAAACAAGACACAACAUGACAUAUACUUAUUAUAAGGAUAUUUUACCGGCAGAAGAUUUUCUAUCAGAAGUAACAUCUAUGUAACCUCAAUAAUUUUUUUCAAUAUUUUUAUGCUACAUAAUCACGUGUGAUAUUAAGUGCACAAAAAUACGCGCAGAAAUUUUAUAUUCCAAGAGAUUUUUCUUCUAUAUAUCUCUCGCUACAUAUGUAUUUUUUUUCUAUAUAUUUUUUUAUAUGUUAUUUAUAUCUUGUAAAUUGAAAACAGAAAAAUUGCAAAAUAUAAUAAAAUAGAAUAUACAAAAACCUUAAAAUCGUCCUUGCGAUUUUUGUGCGUUUACGACAGUAUACAAAACAGAAAGUCAUUAUUUAUUAAUAAAAAAAUAUGAUAAUAUUGAAGAAAUAUUCUUGCGCAAAACUUGCUGCGAUUAUUUUUGUAAUUUAAAAGGAGGAAAUAAAGAAGGAUUAUAAAUA